AUGAUACCACACCAGACGACCCAAGAUCCACACCAGACGACCCACGAUACCACACCAGACCCCAUAUACCGCCCAGAGCUCAACACCCCCAGACGCCCCGAAACACCCCAGACGCCUCAUAACACCCCAGACGACCCACAACACCCCUCAGGAGAACCCAAACACCCCAGACGCCUAGUCACCCCCAGACGCCCCACAACAUCCCCAGAGGACCCACAACAUCCCCAGCAGAGGACCCAUAAACACCCCCAGACGCCUGGUACCCCCAGACGCCCCACACAUCCCAGAGGACCCUCAGACGCCCUACAUACCCCGAGACGCUCCAACACCCCCAGAGGACCCACAACACUCCCAGAGGCCCUACAACACCCCCAGAGGCCCCACAACACCCCAAACGACCCAACAACACCCUCUUAG